CAGGGUCUCGCUGCCUUAUCACGAUGGUUCCGCUGCACUUUUGUUCCUCCCGAAGGCAGCUCCCUCCCUCCCAGCUCCGAGCAGCCGCUUCGGGGUCCGCCCCCUCCGCAGCCGGGAGGAGCCGUCGCCGCAGCAGGGCAUGGCGCGGCCCUAAGUCCGGCGGGGCGGGUAGUGAGCGGGCGGCCGCCGUCAUGAGGAGCCCCCGGGAGCCGGGGGAGCCCCCUCCGCAGGCAGGUGAAUGUGUGCAGCUGAAAGUGCCCAUCAUUCAGCAGCUGUACCACUGGGACUGCGGGCUGGCCUGCUCCAGGAUGGUGCUACAGUACCUGGAUCAUUUGGACAAUGAUGAAUUUCAGAAAGCCAUCCAAGAGCUCCGGUUAACAAAGAGUAUUUGGACCAUUGACCUGGCCUACCUAAUGCGGCACUUUGGUGUUAAGCAUAAAUUUUGCACCCAGACGCUUGGAGUGGACAAGGGUUACAAAAAUCAGUUUUCAUGUAGCGUUCAUGAAAAGUUACAGAUUAUUAACAUCCUUGGAGACUGGAGCCCUCUACCUGCCUAUGGAACAGGCACAGCCUGGGCAGCAGCAGUACUAGCUUCCAACAUUCCCCACCACCAUGACAGCCCAGACCUGGAGGAACCACCUCUAGAGUCAUUUUACAGGAAGCACUUUGACACAGAAGAAAAUCGAGUGAAUCAGCUCUUUGCACAAGCCAAAGCCUCCAAGGUGCUGGUGGAGAAGUGCACAGUAACAGUUCAAGACAUCCAAAAACACCUGUCCCAAGGUCACGUAGCCAUUGUUCUAGUGAAUGCAGUCUUGUUGCUGUGUGACCUUUGCUCAAGUCCUGUCAAAUAUUGCUGCUUCCUACCCAUUGGACAGAAGUGCUUCUGCAGGAAUCCUGACUACCAGGGCCAUUUCAUUGUGUUAUGUGGCUACAAUACAGCCUCAGGGAGUAUUUACUACAACAACCCUGCCUACGCUGACCGGACAUGCUGCACCAGCAUCAGAAACUUUGAAGAAGCCAGGAGAAGCUACGGCACAGAUGAGGAUAUUCUGUUCAUCUACACAGACAGCUGACACCCACAGCUGUUACUUCUGGUCCUUUCUGGUGCAGCCUGCACAGCAGCUGGCUGCUUGUCUCAGGCCACCCCCUGCAGAGACCUUCCUCCUGAACUGCAGUGGGAUCUUAAACAAGGGAGGUUUUAUAGACAUUGAUAGGACUAUAUUGCAAUGCUGUCUUUACCUUUUUAUUCUGGAUGAAAUAUCUGAUUUUGCAAUGUAUGUCAUAGUUGUGUUUUUUUUCCCCUCAUUUUUAACACUGCACAUUUGACAGCAGUUUUGAAAUACAGGCCUAAGGCCUGUUCACUUGGAGCUUAUUUUCAAAUGAUAUGCAUGAGGAAAAAAAGCACCAAAUUUAUCAAGUUCAACACUCAGUAAUAGAUACGUAUGUCUAGGUAAACAGAAGCAGAAAAAGAAUAGACAAUACCUGUUUCACUCUCUUUCAAGCAGGGGCUGAUUUUCAUCCUCAGUCUAAGGAUCUGAGGUUCAGCAGGGAAUUAAUGAAACAAAGAAAUACUGAUGUUAAACCACCUUACCUUCAAAUGAUGGAAUUGCCUUAUUGGCCACUCAGUAUUACAACAGUGAAACAUUUACUCAAGGAAGCUUCCCACAAGAUUCACCUUGCACAGUUUUAGCAUUUAUAGUACAUGGGAUUCAGUUUUGAAUAGCAGUUACUGAGAUUGUUCCCUUGUGCUGCAAACUCCAUCUCUUUUGGCUAAAUAUUUUUAGGUGACUGUCUAGGGCUCUGUAUUACCUCAAACGUUUAGGUAAGGAUAUUUUAUUUGGACCUAGGAGUCUUCAUUGCACUUUGCAAAAUCCUCUAGACAUUAUUGCACCCAUAUGUGCAAUUAUCUGAUGCACCCAAUCUAAAUAUAUGUUUAUGAAGCAAAUACAGAAAUCAUCCACACACUAACGGUGCAUGUUUUGUGUGUAAAUUUUAAAUAACAAGAGAGACUAGAUUGUAACUAAAAUGCUGAAUCAUAUUUUGAGCCAAACUUCCCUAUUUGCUUUCAUUUAGCUAGCUUCUCAGAAGAGCUUAAUUAAGAAUACUGUGAAUACAAGCUUCUUUUUGCUGCAGUAACAACAACAACAAAAAAAAAAAACCAAAAAACUUAUACUGCAGCUGCAUUUGGAUUAAGUGGGAGCUCUGUUCAAACAUUUUCAAGUGAAAUUGUUAGUAGUCCAUUCAUAAUCCUGUCAUGUAUUACCAGGGUUUAGUGACCAUGCUGGGGAGCACUGUAAAGGUGUAGAAAUAGCCACCUAUUUCAGAUUUGGCCAUCACAAUUUCUGACAGGUAGGUAAAAUUGUUAGUACUCGUGUAUUUCUGGCAACAUUUUGUUCUACACUUCAGGCAGAGAUCUCCUGACAUGGCUUUAGGAACGAAACUGUUCAGGUUUUGGAACUGUGUGGAAUAACAAUAAAAGGAUAUUGUUAUUUAGUGGGGGAAAUACUUUCAGCAUGAGGAAAUUUCUGAGAGAAACUAUCUUCUACUAUUGCUGGUUUACUGCAGACUAUCUGGAAAGCAUGCAGUAAGUAUGCAUAGUAAAAUCAAAAGCACUCCUUUGUACAGAAGCCAAAAAACAGCAAUGUAAGUGUAAAAUGCUUUGAGAAGUUCUGAACAAGGUGUACACAAUAAGAAACUCUCAGUGUACCUUAUCCUGUUUAUCAGGGUGAAGCUGGAUUACAUUCUGGCAGCUGUCCAUGCAAAAUGAAUGAAAACUGGGAUGUAUCUGUGAUCAGCAAAACCACUAUAUUAGCAGAAACCCAGAAAAUGAUCAGAGUACAAAUCCUACAGUACACGAUCCCUCCGACAUUAGUCAGCAGAUGGCUACCGGUCUUGGAAAUUUUAUAUCCACGUUCAAAUUCACAAUGUUUGGCUUAGAGGGAUUGUAUUAACUAUGUUAAUAAUUAACAGCUAUAUAAAUUACAGGCUGAUAAAAAUAGUUACUUUCUUAACCCAGGCGUUUUCCUUCAGGUAGUCCAUUGAGUAGCAUUGAACUGCCACAGAAUUAAUUUUUUUAGAGCAGGCUUGGUUAGCAAAUAGAUAAAUAAAUUCUUACAAAAGAUGUGUAACUGACGUUAGCUUCCACAUGUGAACCUUGAGCUUGUAUAUAAAACAUGAACUUAAGGGCAUGGUAAAUGGUCUGAAAUGUACAGAACCAAAGCUGUUUAUGUUAAUACAGAUGAAAUGGGAGCUCCGCUUACUACAGCAGGAUCUCUAAUAGCCAAAUAGAAUAUGGUAAUGAGAGAGGAAAAUACAAGGAAGAAGAAGGAGGGAAGCAAAAAGGUGACUUACUUAAAUGACACAAAAUCAGGUCAAAAAGAAACUCACUGGCCAAGUGUCCAGAACACCUGCAUUUUGUGGCAUAUUGUUUUCCAUGGGAAGAUCAUCCAUCAAAACAUUCAUUCUGAAAAUGUGUAGUCAAUCACUUUGUUUCCUUCAUGCUGUCCAUAGCAAAGGAGGGGGUAUUUUACAUGCAGGGAUUUUAUACAUAAAUAUAUUUUUAUUUGUAAUUAAGCCAUUCUCAAUAAAGGUUUUAAGUCAUGGUUAACCCUGUAA